AAGCAAGAAGAGAGAAAAAAAAAUCCCCAAUCCCUCCGCCCACCCACUCACCACUGCUCCUCGCCCUCCCCUCCCCUCCCAGAUCUGCCGGGCACGGCCCUCGCCGGCGGCGUUGGGUCCGCGAUGCCUCGGACGGCGCGGGGGGCCUCGCCCCUGCCCCGCGACGACGCCGCCCUCCCCCUCCCCUCCGCGCUCUGCUGCUCCCACCGCCUCAAGCCCUGGUCUUGGCACCCCAACAUCCACUCCUCCUAGCGCGCCGUCCCCUCCCCUUCCCCCUCCCCUUCCUUGCUCCUCUCAUCGCUGGACUUCUCUCCUUCUCGUCACUGUCGACUGCCCUGCCUCUGCUCGUGGGAUUGGAUCGCCGGCGCCGGGACCAGGGUGUGUGGUUUGUGGUUGCUGUUCUAGGACGCCGGUUUCUUGAUGGAUGGCCAUUCCUGUGAUCUUGGGAGCGUGCCGGCAGUGGCAUCUGAUGGUGCGGGUGCCCCUUCUGCUGUCGCCGGCGGCACGGACAUUUCUCCAGGGAAGCAGUCUGCCCUGGAUAGAGCUUCGGGACAGGGGGAGAAUGCAGAUUGUUCAGUGGAGGCUGGAAUGUGUGCAGGUUUCUCCAAGCCGGUUGGCUUGGGGUUGAAGAAGGACCUCCAGAAGUGCGCAACGUUUCCGUCAUCGUCAUCUGCCGCUGAGGCCGAACCGGAGGACUCAUGCUGUGAUGCCGAUGAUGACGCGCCGAAGGAUGCGCACACUUACCAGCGCUCUGUGUCCUUGCCUCCAACUGUGAAGCUCAUCCCUGCUAUCAAAGGAAGCCGCCAAAAGAAUGGGAUUCCUUUACCAGCAGAGGAUCGCCACAUCAAAUGGGCGGCCGACGUGUAUGACCCCCCUGUUUCAUCCGUUUCUCAUUCUGUGAACAACAGUUACCAGCGGCGGCCAAAGCCUCGUAAGAAGGACAAGACCAAACAGAAAGAGAAGCGGAAGGCCAGGAACAAGAAAAAAACCAACAACGCUGCCCAGAAUCCAGCUGUGCUCCAGACUCCUGGACUGGAAGACCUUGGCACCUCCAUUGGUAGCGAGGCCCAAGCCGAUCCUGGCAAAGUUGAGACCGAGAUGUUGGACUAUGGCAUCAGCAGCCAAGAGGUGAAAUGCGGAACCAGCUUCCUGCUCGAGUCGGCUGCUAAAAUGCAUUUCUCCACCGCCGAGGCCUCCUGAAACGCCCGCGGGAUCUCUGUUAUGUAAAUAGGAUGGCUGUACAUAAAUAAAUCAUGUGUGUUGUUAUCACCAUGUACCUCCCAUUGCACGUGAUGUGCUAGAGAACUUCUGCCCUAGCGUUAUUUCGUAGCAAUCGCUUGAAUUUUGGACUAGUUUGUGUAUGUAACUAUGUAUGUUCUGCUGGACAAAACUACCAUCAAUCUAUUACUACACAACAGUUGCUGCCUUAUCUAAA